UCUUAUUAAUAAUAUAAUGAUAAUAUCAUCAGUAUCAUUUGAUCUAAUUUUUUCUUUUUGCAGUACGGCGCGAGAUAUCGAUCUGUAUAUUAGAUGCACUGAAUUCUACGAUGCAAAAGUAUAAUACCAUCACAGUAUUAAAGUAAAUCAAAUGAUCAACUUCUUUUUCAUUGCUUAAAAAAAAAAAAUAAACAUUUUUAUCGUGAUCUAAUAUCCUCCAAGAUUACCAAACUGUAAAAUAAACGCAUUCGGCAUCAUGCAAAUUGCGGAAAUGAUAAUGAAUAUAAAAUGCAUCAAGGAUUUAAAUUUAGAUAUGAAUCCGAAUACGCAAGAAAAUUAUCAUUUGCUCUGCACACCUGGAGGAAGUUUGAAGUAUCUGUCUUUGAGACUUUGUGAAAUAACUGAUAAUGGAAUAAAAAAAAUUGCAAAAGAAUUAGAAUACCAUGAUCCUCCGGAUAAUCCUAAAUUAACUAUUUUAAAUUUGGCACAUAAUCAUAUAACGAGAGAUGGAGCAGGUCAUAUAGGAAAUAUGCUUCGAACAAACAGGUAAAUUCAUCAACAUUAUAUAUUUUAUAUACAUUAUAUAUUUUAUAUAU